GAGUCAUGCAAUAUCCUUGCAGUUAUCUCUCUGCUAAUGCAACCAGUAGCAUAUUUGAGAGAAGCUUUCCUUUGAAAAACUCCAGCGCUAGCAUUAAGAAGAUUGCCUGACUGGAAUGAGCCCUGGGACUGGAAAGUUUGGCUGCAGCAGACUUUUCCUCUGAAGGAAGGUGUUUUCCGAUGUUCUGGGGAGUCCUGCUUCAUUCUUUCCUGUUGUUUGAUCGUGUUGGAGUUUCAGAGGCAGGGCAGGGCAGGGCAGGUAAUACUUGUGAUGCUUCUAACAAUGCCUCAUGCCGUCCCAUGCUGAACAAACCAGUCCUGUUUGAAGUAGUGUACUACUUUUAGAAAAAAAAAAAAAAGCCAAUUCAUUCUUCAGAGGAAUUUCUUUCUCGGACGAUUAAAACAAAAGAUGUUUUGAAGUUGAAAGGAAGGAAAGAAAGAACGGGAGAGAGAUAGCUAAAGGAAGGAAGAGUGAACGAGGGAGAUACCAGCUGCAGUGGCUCUGGGAUUGCACCGUUGCUUGUCUGCUGUAUCACGCUCGAUAUCCAGAAUGUGAUUCCUGUAGCGAGCAGCCCAGGACAUGCAGAGAGAACCACAGCAACCCUCCUGCCUGUGGGACCUUUAGGAGAGACGGGGGAGACUGAAAACCAAGCUGCUGUUUUACUGUUUCGCCUUAAGGAUAUAAAACAGUGCGAGCCCUCUCUGGUUUGAGUGGUCAAACACAGACGCACUGUAAGAGACUGAUUGAUUUUUUUCUGUUGCUCUCUGUAAAUGACAGCUUCUCUUUAAAGGAACCCUGGAUCACUGAAUGCUCAAGCUGAUCAAAAAUACCUUUGUUAUUUAGAUCAACUUUCAGGACCUUUGGGACAGGAGUUAUUUUUGAACCCAGAUCCCUGUUUUGUUCAUCAUAGACUGAUCCUGUUGAGCUUGUUUUUUUUUUCUUUUCUUUGAAAAUUCCAAAUUGAUGUCUGUUUUGGAGAUAUUUCAACCAGGACUAUCUGGAGAAGCUGGAGUUUUUGUAUUCGGAUGGUCAGUAUUGUUCUGCAAGAGCUGAGCAGCAACUGAAACAUUUAUACACAGAAAUAUGCAUAUUUAUAUUUUUUUGCAGGGCUGACCUAACUCAGCACUAUUUCAAACUAGAGAUAAGGUCUUUCUGAACAUUCAAAUACAAAUAUCAUUGCCAGAACAAAAACUUUGCUGCCAUUAAAACCAUACAGGAUUUUGCUGGGGGAAUUUAGCUACUAACAUUAAAUUAAAUAAAAAAAAAAAUCAGGUUGGAAAUCGGUUUGAUUACAAUAUAAUGCAAUCUAAUCUAAUUUUCUAUAAAGUCUUUAAUGUGAGACAAGAUCAUAAAUAUUCUGUAUCAGUUUAGUUUGAUCUAAACUCGGCGACACUAGCCACAGAAUCAGUUCAGUUACUUUUGUUAUUUGUUGAAAAGGUUUCUUACUGUUUAAGUUUAGCAGCACAGCUUGCUAGUUUACAAAAUGACCGUCUGGUUUACCUACAAGAUUCUUCGUGAAUCUGUCAGUGGAAAUGUCUUCAGUUUAAACGGUACAUUUUAAGCGACUGCAUUUAGAGUACUUGUGUACACAACAUUUUCAAUUCUGAGCCUGAAUUCUGAAGAUAUUAUCCCAGUUUAAUGAAUUAUUAUCCAAGCUUAACCCUUUCAAAGCGCUGUAUAGAGGUCUAUAGGAAAGAUAACAUUUAUUUCAACCAAGAGAUAUCAGCUGCAAGACCUUUCAUUCAAACUUUAAAUUCAAACUACUGCAGUGCUAAAGGAGUAGUUCAGAAGACACUCUCUUUCUAAAACCGGAGAGCCCAACACAUCACACUUUCACUAAUAUAAUACAGGUUGCCUUUGCUAAUUGACAUUGCCAAGUAUCUUCUAGACCUGUGCUGUAGAGAGUAGAUAUAACCAAUAUCAAUACUGUUGUAGCCGACUAAACCACUCAUUGAAAAACAGCAAUUGGCUUCAAAACGGAUAGUUUUAGGAGACAAGGGAGGGUCGCCUGAUAUAUCGCUAAUAAUAAUAAUAAUAAUAAUAUUAGAAUCAGUCAAGAUGACAGCACUGGGCUGUUGGUUUUUUUUGCUGCUCAGCUGCAUUUUGGUGCCCCCAGCCGUCACCGGCAAAAAGCCUCUCCCAAAAACCGACCGCGACGCCACAAAGACUCUGACGCUGGCCGUGGUCCUGCCACGCUACAACACCGCCUACCCCUGGGCGUGGCCGCGCGUGGGCCCUGCCGUGGACCUGGCGCUGGAGCGGAUCCAGGGCUCGGCGGGGCUGCUGCGGGGUUUCCACCUGCGUUACGUCUUCGAGAGCAGCGAGGACUCGGCCGGGAACUGCUCUGACUUCAUCGCGCCGCUGGUGGCUGUCGACCUCAAGUUCGCCCACAACCCCUCGGCCUUCAUCGGGCCCGGCUGUGACUACACCUCGGCGCCCGUGGGCCGCUUCGCCUCACACUGGAAGGUGCCGAUGGUCACGGCCGGCGCCUCGGCCUACGCCUUCUACACGCAGAAGGAGCUGUACUCGUUCGUGACGCGCACCGGCCCCACGCAGAAGAAGCUGGGCGAGUUCGUGAUCCACAUCCACCGCGCCUUCAACUGGAGCCGGCAGGCGCUCAUGCUCUACGUGGACGAGAAGAUGGACGACCGGCCGUGCUACUUCACCGCCGAGGGGCUGUACGAGGAGCUGACCCGAGUCAACAUCACCGUCAGGGACUCGGUGUUCAAGGAGGCGGGAGGGGUCGACUACCAGGAGCUCAUUAGGGAGAUUCGCUCUAAGGGCAGGAUUGUGUAUGUGUGCUGCUCGUGGGACACUUUUCGGCAGCUGAUGGUGCACGUGCACAGGGCUGGCUUGCCCCUGGGGGAGUUCGCCUUCUUCUACAUCGACGUCUUUGGGUCCAGCCUCCAGCCCCAGCCCCCCCGCCCCUGGUACAGGGGCGACGCCGAUGACGUCAUCGCAAAGGAGGCCUAUCAGGCAGUGCUGAUCAUCACAUACUGUGAGCCCCAGAACCCAGAGUACGGGGUGUUUGUGGAAGACCUGAAGAGAGGGGCUCUCCAAAACUACAACUUCACCAUCCAGGACUCACUGGUCAACCUGAUUGCUGGUGGUUUCCAUGACGGUGUGAUGCUGUACGCUCUCGCGGUGAACGAGACUCUAACGGAGAGCGGGGAGGUGAACCCUGACGGGGAGGUGGUGACCAAACAGAUGUGGAACCGGGCCUACAACGGAGUCACCGGUCUGAUGAAGAUUGAUGAGAACGGCGAGCGGGAGAUUGAUUACUCGCUCUGGGACAUGACUGAUACCGAGACCGGAACCUUCCAGAUCGUGUCGAACUAUAACGGCACUGACAAACGCAUCAUCCCAGUCCCGGGGGUUGAGAUCCACUGGCCAGGAAACAGCGUUCCCAGAGACGUGCCGGUUUGCGGGUUCGAGAACGAGGACCCCGCCUGCCGCCAAGAGACCCUCCUCACACUGGAGAUCAUGUGCAUCGUGGUCAGCCUCAUCCUGUUCAGCAUCACCAUCAUCACCUUCUUCAUAUACAGGAAGAUGAAGCUGGAGAAGGAGCUGGCUGCAGAGCUGUGGAGACUCCACUGGGAGGACAUUCAGAUCAGCAACUUGGAAAAGACUCUGCGCAGUGCUGGGAGCAAGCUGACACUGUCACUGAGAGGCUCCAACUAUGGCUCCUUAAUCACCACAGAUGGAAACUUCCAGAUUUACGCCAAGACAGGACACUACAAGGGCAACAUCGUGGCCAUUAAGUACAUCAACAGGAAGAGGAUUGAACUGACCAGGAACGUUCUGUUCGAGCUCAAACACAUGCGGGACGUCCAGAACGAGCACCUGACCCGUUUCAUCGGCGCCUGCAUCGACCCUCCCAAUAUCUGCAUCAUCACAGAGUACUGUCCCCGGGGCAGUCUGCAGGAUAUCAUGGAGAACGAGAGCAUUAACCUCGACUGGAUGUUCAGGUACUCCCUCAUCAACGACAUCGUGAAGGGCAUGGCGUUCCUGCACAACAGCGUGAUCGUGUCGCACGGGAAUCUGAAAUCCUCUAACUGCGUGGUGGACAGCCGCUUCGUUCUGAAGAUCACGGACUACGGGCUCGCCAGCUUCCGCGUGGCCGCUGUAGACUGCGAAGACUCGUACGCCUUCUACGCCAAGAAGCUGUGGACAGCCCCUGAGCUCCUGCGCAUGGAGGCCCCCCCGCCCCAGGGAACUCAGAAGGGGGAUGUGUACAGCUUUGGAAUCAUCCUGCAGGAGAUCGCACUGAGGAAUGGACCCUUCUACCUGGAGGGUCUCCUGCCAAGCCCUAAAGAGAUCAUUGACAGGGUGGUCCGGGGGGAGCACCCCUUUUUCCGGCCCCUGGUGAACGCGCACUGCCACACCGAGGAGCUGGGGCAACUCAUGCAGCGCUGCUGGGCAGAGGACACGCUCGAGAGACCCGAGUUCAACCAGGUCAAGAUCAUACUGCGCAAGUUCAACAGGGAGCUGAGCACCAACAUCCUGGACAACCUGCUGUCCCGCAUGGAGCAGUACGCCAACAACCUGGAGGAGCUCGUGGAGGAACGAACUCAGGCAUACCUGGAGGAGAAACGCAGAGCAGAGGCCCUGCUCUACCAGAUACUGCCGCACUCUGUGGCAGAGCAGCUGAAGAAAGGGGAGACAGUCCAGGCUGAAGCCUUCGACUCCGUCACCAUCUACUUCAGCGACAUCAUCGGGUUCACCGCCCUGUCUGCGGAGAGCACCCCAAUGCAGGUUGUGACCCUUCUCAAUGAUCUGUACACCUGCUUCGAUGCCAUCAUAGACAACUUCGACGUCUACAAGGUGGAGACGAUAGGGGAUGCCUACAUGGUGGUCUCUGGGCUGCCUGUGCGCAAUGGGAAGCUGCACGGCCGGGAGAUCGCUCGCAUGUCUCUUGCUCUGCUGGAUGCCGUCCGAACCUUCAAGAUCCGACACAGACCCGACCAGCAGCUCAAACUGAGGAUCGGCAUUCACAGCGGUCCGGUGUGUGCCGGGGUGGUGGGCUUGAAGAUGCCCAGGUAUUGUCUUUUCGGAGACACCGUCAACACUGCGUCCCGCAUGGAGUCCAAUGGGGAAGCUCUGAAGAUCCACAUGUCCGCUGCUACCCACGCCGUGCUGGAGGAGUUCAGCACCUUCGAGCUGGAGCUGCGUGGAGAUGUGGAGAUGAAGGGGAAGGGCAAGAUGAGGACCUACUGGCUGCUGGGAGAGAGGAGCGACAGCACGAGAGGGUAGAGGAGCGAGAGGGGGAGGAGGAGGGGGGGGACAAGAGGCCUUCCAACUGCAGACGGCACGAGAGAGGGGGGACCCCAGACAGAGCCUCCGCCACUGUACCUCCAAAUUACACCACAGACUGAACUUCUGAGCUCACUCCAAGUGUGCAGUAUCAAUCUCAGUGGCCGAACCUCUGAGAAGGAACAUGUUCUGUCCCAGUGCGUUUGCUAUAAUGCAGUCUCAAAUAUUACCUCUUGCCACACGAGUCUGUCAUUAACACCAUGUAUUUCACAUCAUGCGAUCAUUCUGUUGUAAGUACGGGUAUUAGAUAAGGCAACAAACAUGACAGUCCAGUGUGGUUAAUGCACCUGUAUCCAAAACCAUUCUCAAAGUCAUCAAGGCUCUUAGUGCAGUGGGAGGAUGCAUUAGAAAGCUGGUGGCUAGGAAUGUGUGGCAAACUGGGCUGUCAGAUUUUCACACCCAGCAAAAUGUGCUGAAGACUUCAUGUGAAAUUAAAACCUCUGUAUUAAGCGGGUGCCUUCAUCAAGCAACCAAACAAUUGUUUCUAUUCAAUGCAACUGAAUGGGAGUCCCCAGCGCCCUGUCCAUUGAAAGCAAAAACCUGUAUCAAUGGACACCUGCACUAGCCUGCUUUAACAGCCAGCAUGUAAAAACGUCACAAGAGUAACAUUGUUUUCAAUGCACAUGAAUGGGAGAGGCAGCCUUGAUUAAGCAGCUAGGCUGUUUUGUGUGGCUGCAGGUUGCUUCGUGUUGCUCUGUGUUAGAGAAGCAGCAACGUGUUUCGUAUCGAUGGCGCUGCACAGCAGAGGACUUUAAACACAUGGCUCUCCAAGAUCAAUGGGAGGACUGGGACAGGAGAGUCACACAGGAGAGCAGGCAGAGAGCCUGACCGCCACACAGCGCACAACACCAGCAGAACUGAACGCCCUGCUGGAGACAAGGGAGAGGCAACACGCUCCUGCUUUCUUUCUCCUUUUCACUGUUUUUUGAGGUCGUUCUUUUUCUCUCGUGUUUUUCUUUCUUUCUUUCAAUCGUUCUGUUAUUCUCGCUUUCUUUCUUUCUUUCUUCCUUUCUCCCAGUUCCUCUUUCUUUCAGUCGUUCUCUCUCCCUUUUCCUUAAAUCUUCCCUUUCCUCUUUCAAUCUAUUUCUGAUGAUCCACAUUUUUUAAAAAUGUGCCUCAAUAGGAAAUGCUAAUGAUAGCAUAAGAGAAAACACUCUUUUCUCCUCCCCUCUCCCUCUCUCUCUCUCCCUCUGUCAAUCUGAGAACCACCUUUCCACACUAAUGCACAUCGUCAUUAACCCCUUCACCGCUGUGGACUGAAUCCUUUGUAUCACAGUGUAUUCUGGAUUUGGACUAUUGCAAUGUGUAAAAAAUGAGUGGCAGUUAAGGGGUUAAGAAAGUACCGGUCCGCUUUAGACUCGCUAGCGCUCUGAAUGACCUCCGAGCCUCUACAGAAAGCUGUGUGGACAAACGAGAGCUCUUCUAGUCUCUUUAGUGACGUUUUCAAGAGGUGAAACAGCAAAUCCGUGACUGAGCCUUCAGUGCAGCAGACUGCAGUUAUCCUUCUCAUAACUGAUUCUGUGUGUUUUUGUUUCUGUGUGUGUUUUAUAAUGGAGCAGAACCACCCUUUGGGUAAAACAAGAGGGUUUGUUUGAAACUCCUGUACAGCUUGUAGUCAUUUAAUGAAACACUGUAUUUAAUGACAACAUCAGUAGUGAGAUCAUGUUUAUAUAUCUAUAUCUAUUUUCAGUGUUUUUAAUUGAUCUUUAACUAGUACCCCUGCUAUCCCAAAACACACACACACAUAGACAGCCAAGACCCCAGAGCUUGCUCUUUGAAUCGUAUGGUUUGCGGUUUGUGGUUUGUGUCCAGCCCUUGCCUUUCCAUUAAAUUCAAUGGGCUGACAUACCAAUUAAUUACAGUGGCACCCAAACAGGGACCAACCCUGACCCCUGUGGUUGAAACAGGUAAUGACAUAUCCGUAUUCUUUACAUUAGCUGACAAAAGACACUUCCCUCUCAACUGCAGAGCAAGGUCACCUUUUGGAGUAGUGCAUUUGACCGGGGCUCUCUAUUAGAAUCCCAUGAACCCUGUCAGUUACACAACAGGCUAGUCCACUAUCAGUUUAUGAGUCGUUUCUGAGCAGCUGAGCUGUGCUCGAGGGGGGCGGAGCUAUCCAGAGCCAAUAGGAAAGCGUCAGGUGUGAUUGACACCCGUUUCAUUAGACUUUCCUCUGCUUGGAGAUCUCUGCUCCGGAUGGAGUUGGUCAGAAGCAAAGAAUACAUUGAGAACGAUGGCAUUGAGUAAGGAAAGCCUGUGCAACCCGAUGCAGAAAAAAAACAGGUUUCACAAUGUUUCAAUUAAGAACCCCCUUAAAAAUAAAUAUGGUAGGGGGGGUCCCCGAAUGGUUCACCUGGUGGAAGCGCAGCCGCGUGGUGUGCAGGGUGAGUCACACAGCGCAGGUUCCUGGCUGUGCGGAGUCGGCAGAGGAUUCCAAAGGGAGCAUCGCGUUGGCUCUGGCGCUCCCGUGGGUUAGGGAGACAUCUCGCUACGGCAAACCCUGCUGCCAGGUGACCAGUGAGCUCAGAGUGGACACCUGCAGGGCUGGCCUUUGUCCUGCAGAGGUCGGUAGCUCGCUGACAUCCCCUCUUGAGUUCCUGGGUGUAGAAGAGGAAGCUGGGGUUGGAGGACGCCCGCUGAACCUUCAGUUCUCCUGAGCAGCUGUGCGUGGGAUUGCGAUGGUGAGGGGGAAAAAAUUAUGGGACAUUCCAAAUUGGGCACACUAAAUAAAAAUACUAACUAAAUACAUGAAUACUCUGAUGGCUGGUUUCACCCCCAAUUAGCACAAGCCUUGGACUACCUUACCAAUGAAGUCUAUUUAUUAUCACUAACUUGGUCCCUCCCUGCAUUAUUACAGAAAUGCAGGACAGACUCAAUUGCUUCACAAUUUGAAAAGAUCUCCGCUGUUUAAUUGAAGAGAAUGACCCCACUGUAAAUAAAGACAUGAUGUGCUUUUGUACCAGAACGUGCUGUCCAGGAUACAGUGUUGUUAGUGUCAGUGGUGGAUUGGAUCUUCUUGGGUCUUUAUCAUUGUCUCUGAUGUGUUUUUUAUUGCUCUUUUUUUCCAGUUCAUAAACUAUGUUGUGUUGUUUGAGGUGAUGUUACUGUCAUCUACAUUGUGCCAUGCUAAAAAAAAAGAUAAACGAUAUAAAAAUAUAUUAUGAAAAAAAAACCUCAAAAUAUUUCCAUUUCUAAAGAAAAAAAGAAAAAAUAAA